AUGUCUUUCCCUGACAUCCUGGUCAUCAUUGGUGGAUUGACUUUCUUUUUCUACUUGCUUAAAACAGGAGGGAAAUUCUGGUGUGGCUUCAGAGAGUUUAUUUUAUCUAAGUUUUGGCAAAUGGAUUUAAGGACGUACGGGCAAUGGGCAGUUGUCACAGGAGCCACAUCUGGCAUAGGUAAAGCGUACGCCAUGGAGUUGGCUCGAAGAGGCCUGAAUGUUGUUUUGGUGAGCAGAUGUGAUGAAAAGCUUCGACAGGUGGCCAAAGAGAUUGAGGGACAGCAUGGAAAAAAGACUCACACUAUCCGGGUGGACUUCACACACGACCACAACAUUUACCCUUUCAUGGCCAAACAACUACAGGACCUGGAGAUUGGAAUUCUAGUUAACAAUGUGGCAAUGUCCUACUCUGAUGACUUUGCCUUGUUCCAUGAAAUUGCAUGUGCUGAACAGAAAAUCAGUGAGGUCAUCAACUGUAACACGCUAUCUGUAGCUCAGAUGACAAGAUUAGUUCUUCCUGGCAUGCUUAAAAGAAGGAAAGGGCUGAUCAUCAAUAUCUCCUCUCAAGUGGGGAUCCACGCACAGCCUUUGUUGGCUCUUUACUCCGCUACAAAGGCGUUUGUGAUUUAUUUCUCUCAGUGUCUGCAAGCUGAGUACAAGUCAAAGGGGAUUACUGUCCAGUGUGUCAUGCCCUUCUUGGUGUCCACCAACAUGAACAAAAUGAAAAGCAGCUGUCUGGUGAAAAGCGCUACAAAUUUCGCCCGAGAGGCCUUGAACACAGUUGGCUACUCCAGCUACACCAGUGGCUGUCUGUUACACACAGUACAGAGGUUUGCUUUUGGACUCCUCAUGCCCGACUGGCUUCGUAUGUCAUCAAUCUUUGUGGGAAAGUUACACAACGGAGCACAGCAGAGAAAAGCCCAAAGAGGAGUGCACAAGGAGGAAUAUACACUGGAAGGAAUAGAGGGGUAACGACCAGGAGUAAACCAGGAAGCAGAAAAAAAAUGACUAACUUGAAUAACUUUGGGGAAUCUGGUACUGUAUAUCCUCAAAGGAGACCCAAGAAUGCAGUUCACUGUUUAGUUCAAAAGCCAAACCACAAUAAAAUAAUAAUAUAAAAAUAUAUAUAAUUUAAUAAUAUAUUUUAAAAAUAAUAAUAAAAAUCUGACACCC